AGUUUAUGUUACUGCAUUUCCUUACCCAAUAGUGAAUAACAUUCCAAUUCCAAUAUUCCGAAAUCCAUUACCGGUCUGGGUUUGACUUUGGGGACACUUCUGUUCAUUGACCGACUUUGGAAACUUUUCCAACCUUAUAUAUAAACAGCCAGCCCCAGAUAUUUUUACUACUCACAAUUAAAUCCGCAAUUCCCAAAUUUCCCAAAAAUCUUUUCAAUCACCUCCGAACACCGCUUUCAAAACCCUCGCAGCCACCGCCGGCGACCUUAAAAUAUGUCGGCAGCAGUUAGAAAGGCGAACCAGAGGCUCCCGCCGGAGGUUAAUAGGGUUCUCUACGUCCGAAACCUCCCGUUCAACAUUACGAGCGAAGAGAUGUACGAUAUAUUCGGCAAGUUUGGGGCUAUCAGACAAAUCCGAAUUGGCACCAAUAAGGAUACUCGCGGCACCGCCUUCGUUGUUUACGAAGACAUCUACGAUGCCAAGAACGCGGUGGAUCAUCUGUCUGGGUUUAAUGUUGCCAAUCGCUAUCUGAUUGUGCUGUAUUAUCAGCAGGCCAAGAUGAGCAAGAAGUUUGAUCAGAAGAAGCAAGAAGCUGAGCUUGCCAAGAUGGAGGAGAAGUAUGGUGUUGGGGCCGCCGCUUCUAAAGAUAAGUAAUUUGAUGGACUUGAGGGAAAAUUGGGGGCAAGCUUGUAGUUUUUGUAGCUGUGGUUUUUAACUUUGCUGUAACCUGAGUCCAGUGGACGCUUUUCAAUUGUGAUGUAGUGUUGGCUCGGUAUACUACUUAUACAGUUGCUGUUAAUUUUCGCUCUUCGUGACAACUUUCUUGAUAUAACUUCCAGAUGGAUUUUGUUGCGUUGUAUUUUUGGGUUAUUUUUUAUGCUUGAAUCUAGACAAAUAUUUGUGAAGGAAGUUUUGUUGUUAAGGGGGCUACUUGUUUUAUCUCUGGGUGGGUGAUUAGGUGUUGGAUAGUUUGGUAUAAGUGGAAGAUUCUGCGUCAAGUACUUAAUUGCAAUGUGGUUGAUAUCCUAAGAUUGUUCACUGUUUGCUGUUUCCACAGCAUAAUCAACCGAAAAGAAUGGAAAAAGAACUGUAGAUAAUUGUCACUAGUGUGAAACCUUAUGCAAGUAAGCUAUCAUUAAAGUUUGUUUUGUUUUGUUCAGCUUUACAAUGCUUCUCUUUAGUAGGCGUUUUGUUCCUUGUAGUAUUUCAUAUUAUGGAUGUAUGCUAGAUGUUUUCUAACUGUUUGAAAGUUUCUGGAUACUUGGAAUAUACAUAUUGCGAAACUAUUUUGAGCUUUAGGGCUCGAAGAAUGACUCCAGUACUUAGGAUUGAUCUUGAUUUGGGUAAAAAGGGUCUGUUCUCAACUAGGAAGAAGUAGCUUAUGGGGAUCUGGAGGGGUUGUUUAUCAUUUUCCUUCUGUUGUUAGAUAAAGGAGCAAGCUCUUGAAGUCAUUUGGUUGCUUAAAUUUAGUAGCUGAACUGUGUUUGAUUUUGUGCCCAUGUUUAAAGGAGCUCUUGCUAUCCGAAUCUGAUUUGAUUUCCCUAUGGCUUAAACCAAUUGUUCGAAAUUAUUCGAUUAAUUUAAUUUUUAGGGUCAGUGAUUAGGGUAAAAGAGGUUCUUCAUUUGCCUUCUGUUGUUAGAGAAAGGAGGAAGCUCUUGAAGUCAUUUGGUUGCUUAAUUUUAGUAGCUGAACUGUGUUUGAUUUUGUGUCCAUGUUUAAAGGAACUCUUGCUAUCCGAAUCUGAUAAGAUUUUCCCUAUGGCUUAAAACAAUUGUUCAAAAUUGUUCGAUUAAUUUAAUUUUUAGGGUCUGUGAUUAGGGUAUAAGAGGUUCUUACUGUUGGGGCAACACAAGUUAGAGAACGAUAAUGAAAUAUGUGAAGUAGGUAAGGGAAGUUUUUAUGAGAAACGAUGGAUAUUGUCUAGGUGCUGGAACUGUAUUUGUUUCUGUUGUUGGAAGCUUUUCUUGAAAUUUGGUCAUGGGGUUUUCAAUGGAGAUGGGUAUGUAUUUAAUGUUCAAAAGUCGCCACUUAGCCUUGGACAACAUCCAAUGUUCCCAAAAUUUGUUGUAAGAAUGUAAUGUUAAGUUGUGAACGAAAUAUCAAGAUUAUGUAUGGACUUAAUCAAUGCUGAGGAAUCACUGUCAACAAUGAUCUAGAUGAUCUGGUUAUUAGAUGUAUUUGGUUGCUGCUUCCUUCUGUAUUCUGGUACCUUGAAUUAAGUGUGUUGGCCUCAUACAUCUAUUUGAACUCUUUGUCGACACAGCUUUCAUUACUCUGAGCCUGGGAUACGAGAUCUUUGUACACUUUAUGAAGGUUGUAAAUAAGACAUGUACAAUAUCUAGAUUGAGCCAAUCAGCAACGGCAACAAUAGUUCCUGAAUCAAACCAGAAAACAGUAUUUGGUUUCUUUCCUAAGAUGAAGGUAGAAACUAAAACACAUACUCUCCUGUUAAUCACCUGAUUCUAAGAUCUUUAUAACAUAAUUCUUUCGAAAGCCCAAAGACAAGGGUAACAGACACUGUUUAAACUCGCGCUGUUUAAAAUCAGGCAAGACAUUAUCUAAAUUGUGCCUCCAACGCUGGACAAGAUCUCUGUGAUUGAAUCUGAGGAUCAAUAAGAAAAGAAAACCUCGCGCUGCUUUCACCUUUCGGUUUUCCUGAAUUGUAUUGUUUCUAAAUCCUUGCCCUUUUCGCACUUUAAUUUUGUUUGGCUGCUGACCUUGAGUUUACUGGCAAUGGCAUUGUCAAGUUUGAUUAUUCAUCGAUUGGCUUCCUUCUUUAAAGGGCAUUGUCCUCUGUGACUAUACCCCGAGUUAAAGCUUCUGACAUGCCAUAUCCAUCUCCGUCUCAAUAUGAAUCUGCCGUUGCAGUUCAGAUGACUGAUUAUCGCCUUCGCAAAAUGAAAGAAUGCCUAUCUCAUGAAGGAACAAGAGGAUGUUUCUAUUGAUCAUUGAAGCU